UUUAUUUAUUUUAAUUAAAACGCCAUCCAACUCUGAAAAGAAUUAUCCAUUGAAUUAGAAUUAGAAAUGCGGAAAUGCACGCCACCGCUAAUGGUGAGAACCGCCGCCGCCACCGCCACCGCCGCCGCCGCCUCCACUUUAAAAGAUUUGAAUGAGAAAAUACGAAAGCAGCCCCCACCUUUCACGCAGCCACCUCCUUAGGCGGUGGCCUCUCAUCCGCCUGCCGCCCCGCCACUUUAACAACCCCUACCCCACCCCCCCUUCUCUCUCCACCGCUACUUCCUCUCUCUCUCUCUCCUCCUCCUCCUUAAUUCCCCCCUAAUUCCCCCGGAUCUCAUCCUCCACCAUGGCUACGAUCAUCUCCCCAUCCUCCCCCGACGACAUCCCCACCGCCACGCUCGCCCUCCCCACCGUCGCCGCCGCCGCCCCCGCGCCCCGGCGCCUCCCCCCGCCGUGCUGGAGCCCCGAGGAGACCGUCGCCCUCAUCGACGCCUACAAGGACAAGUGGUACUCCCUCCGCCGCGGUAACCUCCGCGGCAACCACUGGCAGGAGGUCGCCGACGACGUGGCGUCGCGGUGCCCCGCCGUCCCGCCCAAGACCUCCGUCCAGUGCCGCCACAAGAUGGAGAAGCUCCGCAAGCGGUACCGCGCCGAGAUCCAGAGAUCCAGCAGCGGCGCCCGCCGAUCCGCCUCCUCCUGGGCCCACUUCCACAACAUGCACUCCAUGGAGAAGGGCUCCGACCCCACCCCCCCGCCCUCCUCCUCCUCCGACGAAGACGAAGACACCAAGACCAACAGCGUCAAGCGCAUCAACGAUCUCUACAACCGCCACACCAACGGAUCCGGAUCCACAUCCACGCCCGGUGUUCGGAUCAAGAUGCCCGGAGCCGCAUCCACCAACCCUAACCCUAACCCUAGAAUUAUUCCCCCCAAUUCGAGCUCCGGUGGUAAGUCGGUGGUGGAAGCGAUACAGGCGCUGGGAGAAGGAUUCAUGAGAAUGGAGAAGAUGAAGAUGGAGAUGGCGCAGCAGAUCGAGGAGAUGCGGAUGGAGAUGGAGCUCAAGCGAACCGAGAUGAUACUCGAUUCACAGCACAGAAUCGUUGAUGCUUUUGCUCGUGCUAUCAAGAAGCCCAAGAAUCACCACUACGCCUAACUUUAUUAGUAUUAAAUUACUUGUAUUUGUACCCAAUUUUAAUCACUUUUUAUUUUGAGCAACAAUGGUUUUUUCUUA